AAGUUUGUUGUUUGUUUUAAUUGCGAUUGUUUUACAGCUCUAGAAUAUUGUAAUUCUACAAGGCAUUAAAGGUUUUUGUGACGUAACAAUAGUAUAACAAUGGAAAGUUUAGAAAACGAAGCAAUUCCGCGGAAAAAAUCGAAGUUAACUUACAGUGAGCUGUAUAAACCACCAACAAACGAAGAACUUACAAACUUACGCGAAACAACUUCGAUGUUUGGAUCAAAUCUUGUUAAACUUCAGAUCAAGGAGAUUCUCGCUGAAAUUUCGAUCUCGACGAAACAACGUUCGCUAAUCGACGAUUAUUUACAUUCACUUCAUGAUGUCAUAAUGGCCGUUCCACCAAGGGAACAAACAACAUUGAGUGACCAUCGAUGGUUGGGCAACGUUCGGUUCCCGUUUGUUGAGAAUCCUCGUAAAGUGAAAGGAAAUAUGAUCUUUAUGGCUCCUGUUGAUAUUAAAGUUGUUGGAAGUUAUCAACUCGAUACCGGGUUGAAUCAACAUGUUGAUGUGGAUUUGUUGAUUGUGAUGCCACAGGCAUGCAUGCAAGAGAAGGACAUAAUGAACCAGCGAUAUUUCCGUAAACGAGCUUUGUACCUCGCCUAUAUCGCUGAUUAUCUCCACGGCAACGACCUCGUGUCAAAGGUCGACUUCUCGUACUUUUGUGAUGAAACAAUGAAACCAGUGGUGCAUAUCACCCCACAUGAACCACUGAAGCAUAUCACGAUACGCCUCCACGCACGACCGGAGGUCGAUUUUAAACUCGAGCGAUUUCUCCCGAGUAAAAAUAACGUGAGAUGGAAUUGGUUUCAUGACACUAAAGAUGAAGGUGAGGGCAUAACUUCUCAUUGCCUUGUUCUAUAUGGGUGGGGUCUGGGCCAAAGUCUAAACCAUAGGUUCUUCACCCAUAUAGAACAGAAUAGGAAUGGUGAGGUCUGCAGCCACCCCUCACUACAACAACCUGAUGUUAAUGGACCAACUCAUGCAACCCACUCGCACUGUGCAUCAAACAUCCAAGGAUUCCUAGAGUUUAAAAACGCGAUAAAACUUAUCAAGACGUGGCUGCAUCAACGGGAACUGAAUAAGGGCUUUGGAUGCUUCAGUGGUUUCAUCGCUUCAAUGCUUCUUCAUCAUCUGCUAACCAUCAAUAAAAUCAACAAAAUUAUGAGCAGUUUCCAAAUUGUCCGGAAUUUCUUUCAAUUCAUCGCUACAAGCGAUUGGAAAACCCGUGGCAUCGGAACCAACAACGAGUCGAUAUUGAAAGAAUUCCACGAGCACCAUGAAGUUGUGUUUGUUGAUGCGGGAGGGAGGAUUAACUUCUGUGCGGGAAUGCCGUCGUUACUGUAUGACCUGGUACGACACGAAGCCGAAACCUCGUUAACAGCUUUAGAUUCACAUAGAGAUGGGUUUAAUGUUGUGUUUAUGUCACCGGCUCCGUUUGUACGAAAGUUUGAUUAUAUCAUAAAUGUUUGCAAGCUGAAAGUACUAAAACAAUCAACCGUUACAAUUGAUCGUAAAUUAGCUGACACUGGAGGGCAAUAUAUAACCUCGUUGAUAGCGUCGAUGUCCGAUGCUAUAGUGCGUGGUCUUGGUCACCGGGUGGAUCUAUGUGGUGUACGAACACAUUCGUAUAAACAGUGGCCGAUUAUGGAAAACCCCCCAACCUGGUACCAAUCAUCCACUGGUUUGUCGUUCGGGUUGAAUUUGAACCAAGACUUUGCAUUCGAUCAACUUGAGAAGGGACCUUCUGCCGAUUCUGCUGAGGCGACAAAGUUCCGAGACUUCUGGGGGGAGGUUAGCGAGUUACGUCGAUUUAAAGAUGGUUCGGUUUGUGAGUCGGUAUUGUGGGGAGUGGAGGGGAGGGAGGUCCCGACACAUGUGUGUAAACAUGUUUUGUUGAGACAUUGCGGCAUCCCUACCUCAGCUUUGUCUUUCUCCACGAAUCAAAUCGAGGAAUUAAUCACGUUGCCUCGGAAAGGAAAUAAAUACGGAAAAAUUAUGGGGUAUUCUGGAACAGGUGACGAAGUUGUAACCACGGCAACUCGAUCUUACAACGAACUUGCGCGAACUCUGCGUGACCUCAAGACCCUUCCCCUCACGAUUACCAACGUGCAAGGGGUUUCCCCAAUACUGAGAAACACGGAGGUCUACCCGACCCCGCCCUUCGAAACAUCUCGCGUGGUUCGAACCAUUAUGGUUGAUGGGGUGAAAAGAGAAAUCCCGGUGCCCGGUGAUCUGUGUCCUGCGUUCACUAAAUCGAUACAAGUACAAUGUAGUUUGGAGGGAAGCGGUUCGUGGCCACAAGAUCCUCACGCGUUACGUCGACUGAAAGCUGCGUUUCAUAUCGCCAUUGUUGAUGAACUGAAGCCAUUGUAUCGAUGUGUGACAUCACAAUCACAUAUUGAUCUCAUAAAGGAUGGCUUUGUAUUUAGGAUAUCUAUGGUUUACCCACGAGAGGUGGUCGUGCUACAAACUCAUCGAACAAAAGAUGGAAUGGUGAAGGUGAGGGACACCAAGGAAUCGAUCGAACUCGAGAAAAAUAUCGUCAAACUUCCGCAACUGUCGAGUUUAUUACAAGGGGUGCACCAGAGAUUCCAUAGCUUCGGUCGUUGUUGCCGCGUCACCAAACGUUGGAUCAACUCGAUGUUGUUGUCCGGACAUAUUAACGAUGAAGUUGUUGAUCUGUUGUGUUCGUUCAUUUAUUUAUCACCAAGUCCGUAUAAUACGCCAGGAUCAGCACAAGUUGGGUUCCUGAGGUUUCUACAUUUUGUUUCAACUUUUGAUUUCAAUUCAACCCCGGUUGUUGUUGAUUUCAAUGAUGAACUUACAAAUGACGACGUCAACCACAUCCAUGCAUACUUCCACGCCAACCGAGCCUCCCUCCCCCCGAUCUCCAUUAUGAACAACAAGGAUCGUAGGGCAUCACCAUGGUCAACAUCCGGACCUUCCAAGAUCAUCUUGAGGAGAAUGAAGGACCUCGCGAGGAUCUCACUCGAGAAGAUGGAGAGCCAGAUAUCGGGGGGGGAUAAGGAUAUUAAUUUCAAGACAAUCCUCAAACCUUCAUUGUCUGCUUAUGAUGUCAUAAUCCGAUUAAAGCCACAGUGGAUUCCUCGUCGAUUUGAAUCUGAAAAAUACAAACCAGUGAAGCGUAAAAAAAGCAUUUCUUCUAACAUUUGCAGCGAUUGUCUUCCCGUCGUAAACUUUGACCCCAUGCAACUUUAUGUUAACGAUUUGAAGGCUUCAUUCAGCGAGCUUGCGAUGUUUUUCUACGAUAUCAACGGUGGUUGCAUGGUCGGGGUGUUAUGGAAACCAACUGCUUUCCAACCAAAGCCUUUUAAUGCUUCGUCAUCUUCCUGCAUCCUCCAGGAUGAUGGGAACGUCGUCCCUGAUGUUCCGUCCAUCGUUGAAGACUUUAAGAUCCUCGGAGAUGGAGUGGUCGAUUCAAUUGAUUUAAUUUCAAAUAAAUGGAAAAUAUAAAUUUGAAUAAAUUUUGUCACAAGAGAA